UUGGUGGAAUACAUCGAAAUUGUAUCAAUGACGUCACGCGGGGUUCGGGCUUGAGAAAACGCUACCGAAAGCAUAUCAAGAAAAGAGUUCACAAGUGUGGCCCUUAGCAUCUCCAUGUUGCGCCUCUGCAAGCAAUGAAGAGGGGCAGACCAGAGGACCAUGAGCCAGGAGUAUACAGUCGCCACGGCUACCAGCACCCUGUGCUAGCUCCUGCCCCAGUCAACAUUGCUGGCUACGACACUCUCCAGGAUGGCCUAGCUAACCUUACACAGUUUGCUGGUGCUCAAAUGGCAGCAACUCAGGGUUACCAGGUACAAACUCAACAGCCACAGCCCCAUGUCCAAGGACCAGGCCAUAACCAGGCACAAUCACAUGCUCAAUCCCAGGCUCAAGCGCAAGGGCAACAACAGCAGUUUCAAAGGCUUAAGGUUGAAGAUGCUCUGUCGUAUCUUGACCAAGUCAAGUUGCAGUUUGGCAACCAGCCACAAGUUUACAACCACUUUUUGGAUAUUAUGAAGGAGUUUAAGUCUCAAAGUAUUGACACUCCAGGAGUAAUCAGUAGGGUUUCAUCCCUUUUCAAGGGUCACCCUGAGCUUAUUGUAGGCUUCAACACCUUCCUACCUCCUGGAUACAAGAUAGAGGUGCAUGCUCAUGACCCUGGUAGCGUGUCGGUGACUGCACCGACUGGACACCACACCCAGAUAUGUACCUCCCUCAACCACCCUCCUCAGACUUCGCCACUGCCAGGCAAUCAGCCCCCUCCAUUCCCUUCUUCACAGAAACAGCAGCAACAACAACAACAGCAACAGACACACUCCAAUAACUCGAAUCAGCCAAGCCAGAACCAGCAGCCGGUGGAGUUCAACCAUGCUAUCAAUUAUGUUAACAAAAUCAAGAAUCGAUUCCAAGGACAGCCUGAAAUCUACAAAGCAUUUCUUGAGAUCCUUCACACCUACCAAAAAGAACAGAAAAAUAUUAAAGAGGCUGCUAUGCAGGGAACUCCACUCUCUGAACAAGAGAUUUACCUACGAGAAGCAAAACUUGCAAAUGAGGUGUACAAACAAGUUGCCAAGCUUUUCCAGAAUCAGGAAGACUUGUUGAAGGAAUUUAGCCAGUUCCUCCCUGAUGCCAAUGGAGGUAACUCUGCAGUCCAAGCUGUGAGAACUCAGGGUCUUAUUGCUGCAUCUGCCAGCCGUAUGUCUCAUGUGACUGGAUCUGGUAGGAAUGAGUACAGUCAGCCACACAAGAAACAAGGAAUGAACUCCAAGCGUGCUGCCCAGAUGAGAAGGAAUUCCAAUAAUGCUUCGUCUUCUCCACCACAUCUUGGCCCAACAAAAAAAAAAUCUCGCAAUAUCAUGAAAGAAGUGUCAAUGGCUGAAGCUGGGAAACUUGGAACCUUCACAGAAUAUGCAUUCUUUGACAAGGUCCGUAAAGCACUGAAAAGCCCUGAGGUCUAUGACAACUUCCUUAGAUGUCUAGUGCUUUUCAAUCAAGAGGUCAUUUCCAGAUCAGAGCUUGUCCAGCUGGCCUCAAACUUUUUAGGGAAAUUUCCUGACCUUCUCACCUGGUUCAAGGAGUUCCUGGGUUAUAAAGAUUCUUCCCCUAUGGAGUCCAUGUCAGGAUUUAAGGAAAGAACUUCUGGUGAACUGGCACAUCUGGAGAUUGAUUAUGCAUCAUGUAAGCGCUAUGGCACAAGCUACAGGGCCCUGCCCAAGAGUUACACCCAGCCUAAGUGUUCUGGGAGGUCGGACAUGUGCAAGGAAGUAUUAAAUGACACUUGGGUCUCAUUUCCCUCAUGGUCAGAGGACACGCCAUUCCCAGGCACACGGAAAACUCAGUAUGAAGAGUACAUCUUCAGGUGUGAAGAUGAGCGAUUUGAGCUUGAUGUUGUCCUCGAAUCCAAUCUGUCAACAAUACGUGUUCUUGAGGCUGUGCAGAAGAAACUGCAAAGAAUGUCAUCAGAGGAACAGCAGAAAUUCCGAUUAGACAGCUGUCUUGGAGGAACCUCUGAAAUUGUACACAAAAAAGCGAUUCAAAGAAUUUAUGGUGACAAAGCUCCAGAUAUCAUUGAUGGUAUCAAAAAGACACCUGCAGUGGCUGUCCCCCUUGUCUUAAAAAGAUUAAAGGCCAAGGAAGAGGAAUGGCGGGAAUCCCAAAGGCAGUUCAACAAGAUCUGGAGAGAUCAAAAUGAGAAAUACUACUUGAAAUCCCUUGACCACCAGGGCAUUACAUUCAAACAGAAUGACUUGAAAGCCAUGCGCUCCAAGAGUCUUAUGAAUGAGAUUGAAAGCAUAUUUGACGAGAGGCAAGAGCAGGCUGCAGAGGGCAAUGCUGAUGCUGGUGGCCCCCACAUUGUUUUCACUUAUCAGGACAAGUCAAUUUUAGAUGAUGCAGCAGGUCUGAUUGUUCACCACAUGAAAAGGCAAACAAGUAUCCACAAGGAAGACAAAGCCAAAAUCAAGUUGCUCCUUCACUGCUUCGUCCCAGACCUAUUUUUUGCUCCUAGAGGUGAACUAAGUGAUGAUGAAGAUUCUGUGAAAGAAAUGAAUGGAAUCAGCAAACCUGAAAUGCCAAAUGGAGUAGCUGAGGCAGAGGCUGAUGAUGCUUACAACUUAUUCUUCAUCAACCAUAACUGGUACAUCUUCCUGAGGCUCCAUCAGAUAUUAUGUGAGCGGCUACAGAAGAUGUACCAACGAUCAGUAGCAAUAGCGGAAGCAGAAGCCUCUGACAAACAGCAAAGAAAGGAAGCCACCGCAAUUGCGCUAAGGUUAAAGGCGCCCAGUGAAAUAGACCUGGAGGAGUACUACCCAGCCUUCCUGGACAUGGUCAGGAACUUACUGGACGGCAAUAUGGACUCCACCAACUUUGAGGACACUUGUCGUGAGAUGUUUGGUGUGCAUGCUUACAUUGCGUUCACAAUGGAUAAACUAGUGCAGAAUAUUGUCAGACAGCUGCACACCAUCGUGACGGAUGAAACAGGUAUCCAGAUAACCGAGCUGUACCAGCAGGAACAAGCAAACAGUGCGACCGGGGGCAGCUCUUCCACCCAACACCUACGGGCGGCAGCAGAGCAGGCAUACCAGAAGAAGGCGGAGCUCAUCCUUACUGAUGAUAGCUGCUACAAAUGUGUCAUUCACAAGGACAUGAACAUCUGCCGCGUCAGCUUGGAACUUCUUGAUACUGAUGACACACACUCCGAGGAUCCUGUUGAAGUGGAGAAAUGGAAUGACUACGUCCAGAGGUUUGUGGGAAGUGAGGAGGUUUCGGCUGAAGUCAAGGAAAGAUUGCAAAAGAAGCCUUUAUUUUUACCACGAACUGUGCAUCGUCGUCGCUCAAAGCAGGGGCGCCCCAAUAACAGUAGUUCAGCACCAACAGAAUCUACCAACGACAAUGGAUCUUCCACAGAUGAAGCGGAGAGUGAAGUGAAUAACAGUGACAAAGAAGGCGAGAAUGAGGAGAACGACGAGGUCGAGGACAUGGAAGUAGAGAACUCGAUUGAGUGCAAGUUGAGCCUCAAUUCUUACAAGAUGAAGUUCGUACACGGUAGCGGCGACUACAUGUACCGACGACGAGCUCUCACUAGAGCCAAAGAGUGCCAUCCCCGCGUGAUGCCUCGACUUCACAACCGCUUCCAGAAGUGGCUGGACGAGUGGCUCUCCGCCAACGUCACCCGAGACAUGAAUAAUAAAUGCGAGGAUUGGCUGCUUGGCAACGUUGACGGCCUACGAGCGUGCAGCACGACGCGAAAAACGCUGCCCAACUCGCUGAUCCAGUGCCACAAAUAUGUCGUCAAGUUGGACCUGCCCCCGCCAGCCUCCCCGCCCACAUCGUAACAUACGCAUCGUAACCACCAGUGUACAUUUUGUAUAAUUAUAAGGAACACGCAUUAUACGCUGGUAUAAUGAGUGAAGGGAAUCCAUCUCGUGUACAGGCCAGGAUCUGGCGGCUCAGAGCCAGAAGCCCUUUUGUACAUAAACCUUAACAAGACACGAACUGGUUUGCGUCCCGUAGCUAAAGCCGUCUAGAUAGCAGAGUUAAUCGAAUUCCGAGAUUCUUAAAAGUACAGUGGUGACUAUUUCUUUGUGGAAUUAGUUCAUUGAAACUACUUGCCUUAUCGGUAUACGUGAUCCACUCGAUUUUCUUGGAAUAGUCCAGUUUCGAAUUCGAAAAUGACCGCUAGACAGAUUAAUUGAAGGCGCAUUUUACAGUGUGAGCCUCGGCGUGAAGAAAAUUAUUCAUAAAAAAACGAAAACGAAGUAUUCACUCGUACAAUCAUUGUAUGAUUUUCAGGAUCUAUAGUUUCUCGUUGGAAUUUGUGAAUAAUUAACUUCAGGCCAAGGCUAACACUAAAAAUGCGCCCUCAAUCUGUCUAGCGGUCAUUUUCGAAUUCGAAUUUCGAAACUGGACUAUUGUGAACGUCCAUUUAAAAAAAAUGUGCUAGCCAUGCCUUCAUGGAAUCUACCCCUGGUCGGUUCAUUGAAAUUACAAGCCUUAUUUGUAUAUGCAAUCUUGUGCUUCAUGGACUUGACCUGAAUUUUCAUGGAAACUGAUCUUACCUUAUUUUAUAGAAUCCUAUCUCUUUCGUGGGCGCAAGCCAUUCAUUGUUAACCAAACUCUUCCCCCACUGUACCGAGGUAUUUGUGUAAUAUCAAAACAGUCAUUGACCCGUUUGUAUAUGAAAAAAGUACAUAACCCAGUUUUUAGGGUUUAGUCAACCACUAAUAUAGCUAACGUGAGUUUCAGAAUUUUUCUGAUCAUGUACAGAGCAUCGCGAGCCUUCUUGCGGCUCUUUAAAUGGACACUAUUUCUAGCGAUGGGGAAACCUAUAUACCUACAGUACGAUGCAUUUAACGUACUGUUAAUGUAUUACUAAGGAAAAGCGAAUGUCUUUUAACGGCCAGACUAUAACUGACAAGCUGUUAAUGGCACAACAACGCAUAAUUGGGAAAGCCACUGAAAAUCCAACUGUGUAUUAUUAUUUUUCUUUAUUUCAUUGUAGAGGAGGUUCAUUUUACAGGGUUUUUUCCGCAAAUGCCUACCCAGAGAAACGGGUCUUUGCUCGCAUGGAAACUUUUUUAUCAGACUUGUCUUAUCAAGUAAUCAAGUGGACACAAGAAGGAUAGAGAAAGACAGUUCAUAGGUGUUGUAUUUGUAGGGACAAAGCUUUCGUACCUCCUCAACACAUCGUACUCUUGUCCUAGAAACGCGAUUUUUAUACCCCGAGGUUUUCCGUGGCUUCCCCAUACCGUGCCCGUUACGCCCCUACCUGAUUGUCUGUCAGUGUCAACCGCUGUACAAACCUUGCCUGUCAAUUCGUCUUGUGUUGAUACUGUGUACUAGUGGCGAUUUCUAUAGUAUUAAAUAACUUAGCCCACUU